GGCCGACUGAGGGCGAGAUGUUUAUGGCAACAGGGAGCCGGAGGGAGGUCACCGGUGACGUCACGGGUCACGCACCAAUCACUCAGCGAGAGAGAAAGCUCCACCCGCCAGAACCGGCUGGUAGGGAACAACAUGGAGCUGCUGUACCAGGGAACUGGGGGCAGCGGAGAUUACAAGCAGUAAAUAUACUGGUACCUUGCUGUGUACGGUGCUGUGCCAGCCGGCAUUGUGUGUGGAGUACUCAGCAGCGCCGUGGCAUUGACAGAUGCAAGACUUAAUUUCAUAAGUCAAAAUGGACAAGAUAUUGGAAGGCCUAGUAACCUCUACCCAUCCAUUAAAUCUGAAAAAAGUUAUUGUGAAAAAGGUUGUUGAAUCUGCGGAGAACUCCAUCAAUGAGGAGCAGUGCAAAGCUAUGUUCAGCCUGACCACUCGCUUCAUUUUGGAAGGCGAGGACUACUUUCAGAAGCAAGUUGGGCAUCAAGUUUUAGAAGCAUAUGCAAGAUAUCAUCGCACUGAGUUUGAGAACUUUUUCAACAGGAAUUUUGUACUGACCCUUUUGCAGGAAGGUUAUAGAUCUGUAGACCGCAAAGAUGUAGCAAUUAUUGACUACAUUCGCAGUGGACUCAAGCUGAUUAUGAGUUGUCCGUCUGUUCUGGACAUUUUUGCUGUACUGCAAGUGGAAGUUUUGAGACUAGUAUGUGAAAGACCAGAGUCCUUAUUAUGUGCUAGGUUGAGUGAGCUACUUAGUGACUUUGUACAGUGUGUGCCCAAAGGUAAAAUGUCCAUAGCAUUUUGCCAGCAGCUUGUUAGGACAAUUGGACAUUUCCAGUGUAUUUCGACACUGGAAAAGGAGCUACGGGAAUAUGUUUCUCAAGUCACCAAAGUUAGCAGCUUGCUACAAAAUAUCUGGAAGGCUGAGCCGUGCACUUUACUUCCAUCACUGCAAGAGGUGUUUGCAAUUAUUUCUUCCACAGAUGCUUCAUUUGAACCAUCAGUUGCCCUGGCAAGCCUUGUGCAGCACAUUCCUCUGCAGAUGAUUACUGUUCUCAUCAGAAGUUUGACCACUGAUCCUAAUGUGAAAGAUGCAAGCAUGACCCGGGCUCUCUGCAGGAUGAUUGACUGGCUUUCUUGGCCUUUAGCACAGCAUGUGGAGACAUGGGUGAUUGCCCUGCUGAAGGGACUGGCUGCAGUCCAGAAAUUUACUAUUCUCAUCGAUGUCACAUUGCUCAAAAUUGAAUUGGUAUUCAAUAGACUCUGGUUUCCGCUGGUAAGGCCUGGGGCUUUGGCUGUGCUCUCACACAUGUUGCUUAGCUUUCAACAUUCUCCAGAGGCCUUCCACAUGAUUGUCCCCCAUGUUGUUAACCUGGUUCAUUCUUUUAAAAGUGACGGUCUCCCAUCAAGUACAACAUUCCUUAUCCAGUUUUCGGAACUGAUGCACUGUAUGAUCUAUCAUUAUUCUGGAUUUCCAGACCUUUAUGAGCCUAUUUUGGAAGCGCUUAAGGACCUGCCCAAACCCCCUGAAGAGAAAGUUAAACUCGUGUUAAACCAAAGUGCCUGGACAUCUCAAUCCAGUGCUUUGGCAUCAUGUUUGCCCAGGUUGUCGGGAAAAUCAGAAACUGGAAAAACUGGGCUAAUUAACCUAGGAAAUACAUGCUACAUGAAUAGUGUCUUGCAAGCUCUUUUUAUGGCUACAGAUUUUAGGAGACAAGUACUGUCACUGACUUUAAAUGGCUGCCACUCAUUGAUGAAGACACUUCAACACCUUUUUGCUUUCUUGGCUCACACCCAGCGGGAAGCAUAUGCACCUCAGAAUUUCUUUGAGGCUUCUAGGCCACCUUGGUUUACACCACGAUCUCAGCAAGACUGCUCCGAGUACCUUCGAUUUCUUUUAGACCGAUUGCAUGAAGAAGAGAAGACAUUCAAAGCUCUUUCGCCAAAAAGUACUGAUGCUAUGAUCACUGAUGGCACUGUGCAGCCUUCCUUAUCUUCAGAUGCAGACGUCCUUUCCCAUGAACAGAAUAUGGGAUGGGGUCAUGAAGAAAAAACCUUAAUAGAAAAUAUGUUUGGAGGAAAGCUUCAGACUAGCAUUUGUUGUCUGAACUGCAGAAGCACCUCACAGAAGAUGGAAGCCUUCACGGACCUUUCACUAGCUUUCUGUCCAUCAGCCGAUAAACCUGUGCAGAACAUGAUCUGUUCCUCCAAGGAUAAAGAUGCUGAUUGUAUUGAGAUUGAUAUAGCACCUUCUAAUGAUGGUGUCAGUGUAAUUAUUCCUUUAUUACCUGAGAAUGAUACCGCUGUCCAUGAUAUUCAGUCCAGCAGUAACUGUUCUUUGGACAAACCUGCGUGUGAAAGUACAGCAGAGUCUGGUAAAGAUUCCUGCAGAAAUGGUGGGCGUGAAAGACCUCUGUCUGUCACAGAUUUAUUGAGUUACUUCUUAGCACCAGAGAUCCUUGAUGGUGAUAAUCGGUAUCAUUGUGAAAAGUGUGCUUCCCUCCAAAAUGCUGAAAAAACUAUGCAAAUAAUGGAAGAGCCAGAAUACCUCAUUUUAACUCUCUUAAGGUUUUCAUAUGAUCCAAUAUGUCAUGUGAGGCGUAAAAUUCUUGAUAAUGUGUCUAUCCCACUGGUCUUGGAACUACCAGUAGAAAGAACUACCUCUGUGGCUUCUCCAAGAGAUUGGACUCCAGAUACCGAUGUACCUGAUGUCAGUGAAAACUUGGCUAAAAAACUGAAACCAUCUAGUAUUGAAGAUCUUGGCUGCACACAACUUGUACCUUAUGUUUUAAGCUCCAUUGUGGUACAUUCCGGUACCUCUUCAGAAAGUGGCCAUUAUUAUUCAUAUGCCAGAAAUGUCACCAGCACAUCACGAUGUGCCCACCCUGAGAAACCCUCUUUGGUUGACAAGGAAACCACCAACUCUGUUGUCGGAAAUGAUGCCCCAUGCAAUGACAUGUCAAAAGAAUGGUUUCUGUUUAAUGACAGUAGAGUUACUUUUACAUCAUUUCAAUCUGUUUUAAAUAUUACCAGUCGGUUUCCAAAGGACACUGCUUAUGUGCUGAUAUAUAAGAAGCACAGCUGUGGUGAUCUGGAUAAUGUGCAAUAUAACUCAACAAAUGGGCUGUGGGUGAAUGGAGAACCGCCACUUCAAAAGGAGCUCAUGGACGCUAUUACGAAAGAUAAUAAGCUCUACUUACAGGAACAAGAACUCAAUGCACGUGCACGCGCUCUACAAGCUGCUUCCACUUCCUGCUCUUUCCGGCCUAACGGUUUUGAUGACAACGACCCUCCGGGAAGCUGUGGUCCCAGUGGGGGUGGUGGAGAUGGAGGUUUCAGCACCAUUGGCAGACUUGUCUUUUGAAUAAGGGAAAAAUACUACAUAGCUUCUGUCUUAUUUAAUACAUUUUCCAAUAUGCACUGACGACUAAAAACCACACUGGCCGAUUUGACUGAGUAGCUCAGUCUCUGACUGUGAUACAUCACAUUUUGCUGAUAAUAUCCAUGCAACAAAUGGGCAGCUUCUAAUACAUAUUUACAAGUACAUUUAAAUGAAUAUGCAUUAUUGUGUUUUUCGCUGCUUAGUAUUGACUAAGAAAAGAAAGGCUGUUGUUUUAUUUUUUUUCCUACACGCAGCUACAGAUUUGGUCAGAGAUGAAUAUAGUAUUACUUGGAACACAUUUUUGUUUUGUGUUAAGUUUUACUGAAAUAUUGAAGCUUUAUGGUGCACCCUAUGCCGAAAGCAAUAAUUAUCUGCGUUUUGUUCCAGUUCAGGGUAUUUUUCUUCACUAAAAAUAUCAUAUAACAGAGAUCGUGUGUAUAUAUAAAUCUAUGAAAUCAUUUUUAAGAAAAUUGCAUGAUCUUCAGUUUUUUUUUAAUCCAGAAAAAUGCUAACUUUAUAGUAUUUCUAAAUUUUAUUCUGAAUUUUUUUAAAUUCUACUUCAGGGAGUAUAUCUGCUGUGUAAAUGAGGGAAGGUUAUGUAUGUGCCUUGCUGUACUGUAAAUCAAAAUGAGAUCCCUUUUGGAUUGUUGAGUGUGAUAUGUAUUCUACAUUGUUAAUAUUAAGAAUUGCAGCUUAAAGUAAAUUUAUUGCUGGAGUAAAGCAGUGGUUCCAUAA